GCACCUUUCAUACACGUUACGAGCCGCCGCAGUUGAAGAAGAAGUACAGGAAGAAACUGGUAUUGUUUGCUGAGAAAACGGGAAGGAGGUGGCUGCGUCUGUUUGCUACGAUUUUACGCUGUUCAUUUAAAGAAAAUCACACCAGAAUGGAGUCUAACGUUCCCGGUCCCCCGCCAGCGAAGAAAUUUAAGAACGGCGGGAUGAAGCAGAAAAGGCAUCAGCCCAGUGACAUAGUGUUUACAACUAAAACCGGCGCCAUCCAGACGGUCCCAUCCCUGGAGAAGAGGCUGACCUCAGUCACUGAGCCUGUGAUUGGUCUCCAGUUUGUGUGGGAAUAUCGAAGCCCAAGCAAGUCUGUUGCCCCGCACUACCAGUGCAGGCUGUGCAAGGUUCAGCGGCUGCAGAAUGAGAUGCUGGCUCACGUCAAGGGCUGGAAGCACAGCUUCAGAUACAUGAAAAAGCAUCACGCUGACAAGGUCCCUAAUGAGGAAGAGGAAGCUGUCAAGGACCCUGCAAUUCGUAAAGCAGCCAAGGAGAGCGCAGCAGAGGUGGAGAAGGCCGAAGGAAGAGGGAAAAUCCGGGUUUUGCUGAAGGAGCCAUUUGAAAUCGCCGCGUUCCAAGGAAUGCGGUCUGCGAUGUUUAAGCCUAAGAUGGUUGGACCAGGUGGCCCUGGAGGUCCAGGUGGUCGGUUUCCGGGGGGAUACCCUGACCCCAUGUUCUCCGGAGACUUUCCUCCCCGGGGAAUGCACCCGGACUUCCCCAUGGGCAUGCCGAUGCGCCGGCUCCCCGGAGACAUGCCCAUGAGCGGCUUCCCCGACAGCAUGCCCAUGCAGCGCCAUGGCGCCAGCCCCGGGCGCUCCUUCCAGGGCAGCAUGCCCGUGCGCAUGCCCGGCGACGACAUGGGCAUGAAGAUGCGCGAGGGCGACAUGGGCAUGAGGAGGUACCCGGACGAGAUGCCCAUGAGGAUGAACAGCGACGGCUUCGGCAUGGGCCAGCGCAACCUCAGCCCCGGCCGGCCCUACCAGGACGACUUCCCCGGCAGCCAGCAUGGCGGCGCUCCAGACAGGAUGAUGUCCGGCAUGCCCAAGGGCCCCGAAAGCAACAGCCUCCCCUCCACCUUGCUCAAGUACCUGGAUACGUUUCGUAUUGAGAAUGAAAAUGAUGCCCAGAUUGUCCUGAAGGUGACUCAGAAGCUGACCGAUGUGCUGAUGGAGUACCGGCUCAGGAGUGUGUCGACGGGGUCCACUUUGAAGAGCACUUCUUCCGGCUCCAUGAACUUCUCCACCCCCAGGUUACCUAGUGGAGGGGACAGGUACUCUGGGAAUAGCCUGUCUGGGUUGCCCAGUCUGUCAGGACCAUCCAGAUACUACAACUGACUGCCCACCCCAUUCAUCAGAUUACCAAGAGGAUUUUCCCCCAUAGGAUCUGAAGCUCUGCAUGCUUCAGUUUAGCAAUUUCAUUCACAGGAAUGUUCUCCACUGAAACAAUCUUCCAUGUUAAUAGUAUUGAUCCUUUCCUUUUUUUUAACAGAUCUUAUGUUACUAUUGUGUACUUUGUUUUUAAGUUGAUGGCCUUUAUUUUUGCUUUAAAUUUGGACCAAAUUGGUAUCCUAGAACAUUAACAAUAUUACUCUAGCAGGGUUUAGCUCACAAAUGGCAUUCAGUAUUGUGGUUGUCAGUGAAACUGCUCUAUUUAUGAAACCUUUUACAAAAGAUUUCUAGAAUAUAAGAUUCACAGAUUUGGAAAAGAAAAUGCACAUUUUCAAUCUUGGUAGCUAUGUCUGUUUUGUAGUUGAAGUGCUGAAGUAAUGUAUGGGGGUGCUGAGGCAUACAGAUGUUGCAGUGCUGUAUUUUUACUUUAAAUGAUAUGCCAUAGUCCCUGUUUUGUACUUCACUUUCAAUAAAAGGCUCAAUCUUA